CACGAUAUUCACUUUGCGUUCCGUAAAGGGUGCUGUUCAAUUCAGAGUGUUGUGCGUCCAAAGACUCUGGAAACAAACUUUCCAGUCGCGUAUUGUUGAGGGCCGCAGCCAAAUCUCUUCGUUUGCCACUACGCUCUGCGACACGUUUUGCCACUGGAGCGCUCCGCAAGUUGCUGAUUUCAGGUAUAAUCAACCUUACUUCAAUCAACUACUUAAAAAAUCAUCAGUUUCGCACAAUGUUUGGACUAUGGCCAAUGCUCAGGAUGAGAAUCUGCGACAUUUUUCUAUAUUCGAUGUUGAUUGCUAUUUGUUUGGAGGCGGCAGUUUUGGCGGAUGUCGCUAACGAUGUGCCGAUGCCACCUCGGAAAUCCCUAGAAGAAAAUCCACAGUUAGAAAACGAUUAUUCGAAGAGAGGAUGGAAGACUGACUUACCCAUGUGGGGUAAAAGAGGGUGGAGCAAUCUGCAUUCCGGGUGGGGCAAACGGGAUUCGGACUCUGACGAAGAACUAGACGGUUACCCUUCGGGUAUGGAAAAACGGGCUUGGCAAAGACUUCAAGGCGGAUGGGGUAAACGAUACAUCCCAACCGAAGAAGACAUGGUUAUUCGUCAAUUAGCAGCCGCUCUAUCUGAAGACAAUAACGAAAACACCAUCGACUACUAUCCAGACCAGGAUUUUGAUUCGUCGCACGAAGUUAACAAGCGAAACUGGAGAGGUUUUUCUGACGGAUGGGGCAAGAGAAGCGACAAAUGGGAUAAAUUCAGAGGUUCGUGGGGUAAACGUCAGCCGGCUUGGAAUAAUCUGAAGGGCCUCUGGGGCAAACGCAGCGUCUCCGAAUAAAAUGUAUUUCAGCGUUAUCUCUUCCUUUACCGUUUUGUUUCCACUCGCUAACUGAAAACAAAUACAUAGAAACAAACGAAAAUUCUACUCGUUAUUUUCAAUAUAGAAAAUUGUAUGUUAAUGGAAUGUAAUUCGAUUCAGUUCAAUUAUAAUCGUUGGACUUUCCUGGAUCUAAACGAAGGGAAAAUAUAUAUUUUAGUUUUUCUUGCUAAAGCCCUAAACUUGAACUCGUUUUGAAAGUGCUACAAAAAUAUAUUGAUCCAGAUUGAAGGUAUUAAACUGAUUCAACAGUUUCACAUUCCAAAUAUCCACCAAUGGUUAAUGGAAUUUAGGCUCCAGCCAAUUCCUUCUACCCAUUGAAAUGUAUUCAUCUAACCCAUUUUGGUAGCUGCAUAAUGUAUUUUGGCUUUGCAUUAUAAAACAAGAUGAAGCUCGGCUGUACAUCAAAGUGCUGGACAGGAAUUGUUGGAUAUGUUUAAUUGAUCCUAGUUUCCACGUCAUACUGAAGAAUGUCAUUUGAGUUUUCGCUACUACUUAACUGUUCUUCUCCUACAUUCUCUUUUAUAUAAGUAGAUAGAAAAUUUGCAACUACAAUAAAACGUACUAUUCCAUACUUAUGAAGACCAUACUGUAACAUUUGUAAUUAUACCUAUAUUUGUUUAAUAUAAACCUGAUGAUUAUAGAUUAGAGGCUAAGGUACUUUAAAAUGGAAAUAAAUGAUAUAGAGUUAAGAAUAUAAUAUGUUGUGAAAUAAAUCAGUAAGAGCAUCUGCCAGUCCUACUUAA